CUGACAUUUUCGGAAUAUUCAAACGAGCUCUUUCAUUGGUCAAUUGGGGUCAUGUGAUACCGGUUAAGUUUCUGUGUUGUAAAAACGCCCACAACAAAACAUUGUUCGUCGGGGCUUCAACAUUUUUUUUUUCCCGAGAGUGUUUUUAAAUAACGGUGUUCCUACUUGGAAUAACAUUUCAAACCAAGUUAACGUCUGUAAUGUAGCGCAAGCGAAACUUCCGCAAUAGUGUAAGCGCGCUCUCCAUUGGCUGACUGGGAGUGUGCCCUCUCUCCAUUGGAUGAGUGGAGUCAAGUGACACGGGUUGAGUAUCCACACCCUGCGUGCGGAAACGCUAACAACAACAAAAAAUGUUAUCACGAUGUAAAUGAUUUAUUGUUUAAAAAAAAAAAAAAAAAAAAAACGUUGUAAGGCAAGUGUCGCUCUCAUCCGUUUGCAAAGACUUGUGGGUAAUUCGCUGCAGGAGCAGCACGAGACAAUUUGCCGGAAAACGCCGUUAGCCCGUCUUCGUAUCCGUCCCAAGAACUCGAGACGUGCUGCUUGCGAGCAUGCUCAUCGUCGGUUGCGGUUCGGCCGAGUGACAAGAUGAGCCUCGACGAGCAUUCCGUGCAAGCUCUGUCCUGGAGGAAGCUGUACCUGAGUCGGGCGAAACUGAAAGCCUCCAGCCGGACCUCGGCUCUGCUCUCCGGAUUCGCCAUGGUGGCCAUGGUGGAGGUGCAGCUGGACAACAGCUACCCGUACCCCCCCGCCCUGCUGAUCGCCUUCAGCGCCUGCACCACGGUCCUGGUGGCGGUGCACCUCUUCGCCCUGAUGGUCAGCACGUGCAUCCUCCCCAACAUCGAGGCGGUCAGCAACGUGCACAACAUCAACUCGGUGGGCGAGUCGCCCCACGAGCGGAUGCACCGCCACAUCGAGCUGGCCUGGGGCUUCUCCACCGUCCUGGGGACGCUGCUCUUCCUGGCCGAGGUGGUCCUGCUGUGCUGGGUCAAGUUCUUGCCCAUCAAGCCCGGCGAGGCCGGCAACGGCACGCUGUCGGCGGGGGUGGCCGCCGCCGUCACCUCCACGUCCAUCGUGGUGCCGUUCGGCCUGGUGUUCAUCGUGUUCGCCGUGCACUUCUACCGCUCGCUGGUCGGCCACAAGACGGACCGGCAGUUCCAGGAGCUGGAGGAGCUCUCCAACCUCACCAGGCUGCAGAACCAGCUGGACAACCGGGGAGAGUCCGUUUUGCAUUCGCCGAGUUCACAUUUCCCUUAGGGUCCGAACCGUCGACAAAACCUCACACCGGGGGGGGGGGGGGGGGGGGUCAGAUAAUCGGGACUUCGAUCCAAAAUGCUGAUUUUUCGGUAGUGGGUCGGUUUCGUAUUUGCCGUUGGCCCAACACCGCAGGAUAAUCGUUCCAGAGGGGCUUUCCUGACGUUGAUCGUGGGGGGGGGGGGGGGGUGUCCCGAUUGUCAGGAUGCACCCCUCCUAAAUCUGCCCCCUUCCCCCACGACAUGGUAUGGACCACGCACAUCAGGAUUGACAAUCGUAAAUAUUAAACGGCUUCAACAUUUAUGAUUGUCGGUACGUGUGCACCCCAUUUGGACGACCCCAUUCCUCACCAACAAACAACUUAUCCCCCCCCAUUUUAUUGCAAUUUUUCUAGUUGACCGUCUUGAGUUUUUCAAAAAAAUGUAUUUUAUAGUCACUUGAAUCCUUGUCUUGCCUGCUGUUUAUCGCUAAUCAUUCCUGACGUUUUUUUGUCUUUUAAUUGUACGGUACCGUCCAUUUUCUUUCUCGUCGGUAUUGCAAGACUGAAGAAUUCAUGUUGACGCGUUUUCAGAACACAAAUUGCUGAUUUUGCUCGUUCACUUGACGUAUUUGUAUUUGUACAUCUCUUUUGGGUAGAUGAGCCCCCCCCAGCCCCAAAAACUCCUCCCUAAACCACUUGGGGCCGAGCCCCACUUUGUACACUGGACCCCUGCAUGCAGUGGGAUUGUUAUUAUUUAAUUUGCACUCUGAAAAGAAAGUGGUGUGUACUAUGUGUACUGCUGUUGUGACCAAUGUACUGUAAAUGCUGAUUUUGAGCACCAGGAAAAAUAAAGCACUUGUGGUCCAGUCCAGUCCA